AUGGCGGGGUCUGGCCCGGGCGAGGCGGGGGCGGCGCUGGCGCUGGCGGGGCUGCGGGCGGAGGUGUCGGCGGUGCGGGCGGAGCUGGAGGCGCGCGUGGGCGAGGCGGUGCGGCUGUGGGCCCCGCUGGGAGAGGCGGUGGCGCAGGCGCAGUCCGAGGCAAGCGCCCUCCGCGCCCAGGUCGAGGCCCUCGCCCAGCAGGUGGCCGCCCUCGCCGCCAGGCAGCAGGGCCUGGACCUGGAGGGCGCCCACCCCCAGCAGAGGAGGAGGAGCAGCAGCCAGGCCCUCUUGGUGGAGAAUGGGCCCUCCGUUGAGGAGAAGGAGGGUCCCCCAGGUCACGAUCCGGAGGCUGCGCUGCCAUGCAGGGCACACCUCCCGGUGACGGCGGUGACCAAGGGGGAGAUGCACGGCCACAACAGACAGGAAGGGCCCAGGGACCCCUCCCAGACAGAUGGGAGCCCUUCCACCCAGAUCCCGCUGCAGGCCCGGGUGUCCAGCUCAGCCCCGAAGUUCCCUGCGCCCCUCUCAGAGCGGUUCUCCUCCUCCGUGCCGGCCAUCAGCACCGAAAGCAGCCCAACCCUCAAGGGCAGCCCACUCGCCUCUCCUCUUGACCCGGCGGUCAAGCCGCAGGCCGAGCGGCGCAAGGAGCUGGUCCGGUCGCAGACACUGCCACGCACUUCGGGGGCACAAGCGCGCAAGGCCCUGCUGGAGAAGUUCGAGCAGGAUACCGGAGGCGGACGAGGAGGAGGGAGGGGGAGAGGCGGGGGGCGGCCCAAGCUGCAGCGCUCGCAAAGCCUGGGGGUGACCAGCGCCAGCGGCAUCAAGCAGAUCCUGCUGGAGUGGUGCCGCUCCAAGACCAUCGGCUACAAGCACAUCGACCUGCAGAACUUCUCCAGCAGCUGGAGCGACGGCAUGGGCUUCUGUGCCUUGGUCCACUCCUUCUUCCCCGAAGCCUUCGAUUACCAGGCGCUGCAGCCUGGGAAGCACAGGGAGAACCUCGAGACGGCCUUCAGCGCUGCGGAGAAGAUGGCCGGCUGUGACCGUUUGAUCGAAGUGGAGGACAUGCUAGCCAUGGGGCGCAAGCCGGACCCCAUGUGCGUCUUCACCUACGUCCAGUCGCUCUACAACCAUUUGCGGCGCUUCGAGUGAGAAGAACGGGGGCCGGGACCCCCACCUCAUUUCAUUCACAUUUAUCUCUGCAUAUGUACUUACUCUUCUAUUUAUGUGUGUGUGUGUGUUUAUAUAUAAAUACAUACAUACAGCCUGUCCCCAAGUUACAAACAAGAGAGGUCCUGUGGGUUUGUUCUCAAGCUGAAUCUGUAUGUAAGUCAGAACUGGGAGAUUUUUUAAGUGCAACUUGAGCCAUCUAUUUAUUUAUUUAUAUAUUUAUAAAUAAAUAUAUAUGUAUAUACAUAUACCCACAGUACAGUCUCACUUAUCCAACCUUCACUCCAACGUUCUGUAUGAUCCAAUGCUUCCCGCCCGGAUCCACAGCUGUUUCAAUACAUUGUGAUGUUUUGGUGCUAUUUCUGUCCAUGUGUUUUGGUGCUUAAUUUGUAAAACUAUAAUGUAAUUUGACGUUUAAUAGGCUUUUCCUAAUCCCUCCGUAUUAUCCAACAUUGUCACUUAUCUGACCUUCUCCCGGCCCGUUUAUGUUGGGCAAGUGAGACUCUACUGUAUAUAUAAUUGAGUUUUGGAUCAAAUAGGGAAGGGUUCACAACCCUUGUAACGUUUCCUUUGCGGUCUGUGCCUCUGUUCAGAAGAUAAUAUGUUAUUAUAGGAUAAAAUAAUAUUUGCAACUCGGGGACAGCCUGUAUGUCAUAAUAUUAUAAUAUAUUAUGAUGAUGAUAAUAUAAUAUUUGUACCUUGGGAAUGGCCUGUAUAUAAUAAUAAUAAUAAUAAUAAUAAUAAUAAU